GCGUAUUCCAUUCCUAUUCUGGAUGCGGAUGAGAACCUGAUUGCUGUGGACAGCAUGAAUACGGAACCGGUGCAUGCUGGGCUCGUCGCGGGUGUUUUGGUGAUGUAUGACGAUGGAACAUCGGAAACGUAUUACACGGAUGACUAUUCAUGGAUUAGUGUGACGGAGUGGGUGAAUGGUGAAGCCAAUUUGGUGACUGUUCCGCUUGCGUAAGUACUUCUAUACCUUUUGAUCUUCAAUGAUAUGUUGGCAUUGGUCUCUUCUUCGCAGUUCACUAUGGCUCCGAGUCGGUGUGGCGGUUUGUGGGAGAGAAUUGGUGUGAGCUUAAGUGA